AUGUCCGCCGCCCAGCAUGAGUUCGACGACUUGAUGCGGAGUAAAGAGCGUCGCUCAACCCACCCGGAGGACGUAGAAGAUGAAGACGAUGCCCGCUCCUUCCUGAACCUCUCUGACGAUGAGAACGACACUCCUGCAGCCUCCUUCGACGAAACACCUCCUCCUCGUCCAAGCACGAGCCUCGCUCGCAGCACCAUUCCCACCACCCGCUAUGAAGCGAACACUGGCCCCAAGGGUGUGAUCGCAGAUGCCCAGCACUUCCGGGACUCACGCCGCAGCAAGCGGAUCUCAUUACGCAGCAACUCGAACUUGCAAGCGCAGAUACAGACACAGCGGUCCUCGAACCCCGCAGUGCUGAGCGAGAAGCUCGCUGAGUCGGAUGAGGAGCUGGAAGAGGACGAUGAAGACGACGACGAGUUCAUGCGGGAAUGGAGGCAGAGCAGGCUGAGGGAGAUGCAGAGUGGGACGCCACGAGAGAGCAAGACAAUGGGGAGGGAGAAGAGCAGUAGGCGGUUAUGGGGCGGUCUGGCGACGGUGGAUGGGAAUGGGUUCUUGGAUGCGGUGGAGGGGUCGCCCGAGGGGACGGUGGUGGUGGUUUAUAUUUAUGACGAUUAUAGUCAUGUCAGUACCUCGAUCGAAGACUGCAUCCGAAGCAUAGCACAACGACAUCUGGACGUGCGGUUUGUGAAGCUGCAUUUCGAGGACGCGGAGAUGGAGCCAGCAGGUGUGCCGGCGCUGCUGGCGUAUAGGGAUGGGGACAAGUUUGCUGGGUUGGUGCCGAUCAUACAGGAGAUUCCUGAUGAUGCGGAUUUGAGUGCGAGGACGUUGGAGAUGGUGUUGCAGAGGUAUGUGUGGACUUCACCUGGACUUGAAGAGGAAGGGCGCUGA